AUGGAGGGACUCAAGAGCAUGAACAUCUGGGGAAUUGUUGACAAGCCUACAAAUGCACACCUUGUAGACUCCAAACUUGUCCUCAAUAUCAAAACAGAUGCUAAUGGCAUUCCUUAUAAAUUCAAAGCUAGGUUCUGUGCACAUGGAUUCUCACAAAGAGAAGGCUUGGAUUACAUGGAAAUCUUCACACUGGUAGUGCCCCAUGCUGCAAUCCAGACAGUUCUUGUGAUUGCCACCAAACUGGACUGGGAACUCAACUCAAUAGAUGUCAAGCAAGCAUACCUAAAUGCCAAAUUAGAGCAUGAGAUUUAUCUCAAGCCUCUGGAAGGUGCAAAUGUACAGGUGGGCAAGGUAUACAAAUUGAUCAAGAGCCUCUACAGCCUCAAACAGUCUGGAUGA